AUGGGCAAAAAAAGAAAGGCUGGCGGUCGCCCAGCAAAGAACGAGGCCCCCGCACGCACUAAGUUCAAUGUUGAGGAACGCUUCGACGACUCCGAAGAUGAGUUCCAAACUGGCCGCGACCAGAUUCUGCUGGAAGAAGCUCCAGAUGCCAAGCGGCGACGAAAAGUGGCCGAGGAUGAGGACAUGUUCCAGCCCUCGGAUGAGGAAAUACUAGGGUACGAAUCUGUUGACGAGGAUGAGGACGACGAAGAGGAUGACGACGAGGAGAUAAUGGGUCGGAAGAACCAAGAUGCAGAUUCCGAUGAAGAAGAGGAGGGAAUUGCAGCCUGGGGUUCUUCCAAAAAAGACCUCUACAAUGCCGAUCAGAUUGAGACCGAAGUCGAUGCCUUGGAGGAAGAGCAAGAGGCCAAGAGAUUGCAGCAGAAGCAAUUGCAGGCCAUGGAUGAGGCUGACUUUGGGUUCGACGAAUCUGAGUGGAUCGAAUCUGGUAAGGCUGAGGACAAGGCCGAAGACACCGGCGUGGUGACCGAAGUGCUCCCUCAAGUGGAAAUCACCGACGACAUGCCUACCGACGAAAAGUUCAGGAUUAUUGAAUCUAGAUACCCCGAGUUCGAUCCUUUGUCUAAGGAUUUUAUCGCUCUACAAACUGUUUACCAGAAACUCCAAAAGGCAGCAAAGGCCGCCAAAGCAACAGACGAGACGGAAGAUGAACCACAGCCAGCUCCUGUGGCUGUUGUCAAAAUGCGGGCCUUAUCGACAUACCUGGGUGCUAUCAGCUUGUACUUUAUGCUUCUCGCUUCAUCUUCCGAUGGAACCAACGAUCAUACCGCAAUGUCACCUGCCGAGCUCCGACAACACCCCGUGAUGAGUUCUCUUGUUAAAUAUAGAAAGCUCUGGGAGAAGGUCAAAGAUCUCGAGACUCCCGAAGUAUCUCAAGUUGUUCAAGAGUCCCCACUGGCCAAGCCAGCUGCGAAGACAGAAUCCACCAAAGACAAGAAGCAACCGAAGACCAAGGAAUCGCAGCCUCAGAAAAAGCUCACUAAGGCCGAAAAGAAAGCUGCAGCCGCACAAGCUGAGGCUCAAGCCCAUCUUGCUGAGCGUUUGCGUGAAACAGAGGCUGGUCUGGCUGAUCUAGAUGGACUCGUUACAGAGCCUCUCCAGAAACGCAAGACCCAAAAGACCAAGUUAUCUGCCAAGGAUGAUGACUCUGAUUUCGGUGAUGAAAACGCACUGACAGCACGUGAGAUAGAGGAGAAGCAGAAGCAGAGACGUUCUCUCCGCUUCUACACCUCCCAGAUUGCACAGAAGGCAAACAGACGACACACAGCCGGCCGAGAUGCAGGUGGUGACGCUGAUAUUCCUCACCGUGAACGUCUAAGAGACCGUCAGAACCGCCUCAACGCUGAGGCAGAGCGCCGUGGUCGUCAACAGCCUGAUAUCGGUCAAGAGCUUGGCGGCGACAGUGAUGACGACGACCGUCGCGUUGCCAGAGAAUUGCGCGGUGGUAAUAAGGACGGCACAGAUGAUGACAAGUACUACGAUAUGGUCGCCGCGCGGUCUAAGCAACGCAAGGAUGAAAAGAAGUCUCGCGCAGAUGCAUACGCUGAAGCGGCCAAAGAGGGUGGUCAAGUUCAUAUGCAGGCCGAGAUUGGGCCGGAUGGCAAACGUGCAAUCACCUAUCAGAUCGAGAAGAACAAGGGUCUCAUGGCGAAGCGGAACAAGGAUGCGCGCAACCCUCGUGUCAAGAAGCGCAAGAAGUACGAAGAGAAGAAGAAGAAGCUUGGCAGCAUUCGCCAAAUCUAUAAAGGAGGUGAGGCUCGUGGAGGCUACGGGGGUGAGCUUACUGGUAUUAAAAAGAAUCUGGUCAAGAGUGUCAAGCUCGGCUAG